UCGUCCCGAGCAGCCCGGCCCUCCUCCCGUCACGCCGCGAGCUGCCCAGUUGUUGAUAGUGAUGGAGGGAUUGGACUCCGCGGCCUGAGAGAAGUGAAGGCGGAAUCAUCAAGCGGAAAGGCGGAAUGGAGACGGUCGAGCAGCUCGUGUCCUUCAAUCACAUCCACGUUCAGCUGAACGGAGGCGCGCCGUGGGGCUUCACUCUGAAAGGAGGGCUGGAGCACGGAGAGCCGCUCAUCAUAACCAAAAUAGAGGAAGGAGGGAAGGCAGCUCAGUGUAAGAAGUUGAAAGUGGGAGACGAGCUGGUCAACAUCAACGGCUCUGCACUCUGUGGCUCUCGCCAAGAAGCGCUCAUCCUCAUCAAAGGUUCCUACAGGGUUCUGAAGAUCAUAGUUCGCAGACGUACUGUGCCCCUGAUCCGCCCUCACUCCUGGCACCUGGCGAAGGUGUCGGAGCCACCCUCUGUGCCUGGCCCAGCAGGCAGUCCGGACGGCCCCCCGGCCAUGCAGCUCCACCCCCCAACCUUCAGUGUACCGUGGCACUCGGGGGGUGAAAACAGUGAGCUGUCCAUGCAGUUGGGCCACCUCUCCAGGCACUACAGCACAGACCGCAGCAGCUCACUGGGGAGUAUGGAAAGUCUGGAGAACCCUUCUAGUCAGGGUUACUACGAAAGCCAACUCUCCCCCAUCGAUCCUGCAAUCUUCAACAAUAAACGAGACUCUGCCUAUAGCUCCUUCUCUGCCAGCUCAAACACUUCUGACUACACGGUAUCUCUGCGGCCUGAGGAGAACAGCUCCAUGGACAGCCUUCUUCAGGGCUUGGGCCCCUCCUGCAGGUUUACAGAGAGCCAUCCAAACUCCACAGCCAGUGGCCGUGGAGAACUGCAUUGUGAGGAGGCAAGCCUUGAGUCUAGGUCUCUGCCUCAUAGGCCAGAGGCUAAGGUACGGCCAUCAUCUUACAGCUGUGAAGAAGAAAAGUGUGGACCUCCCCAGCCUCCCAUGAGGAAGGAUAGUUUCAGGGCCACCAGAGGCCGACCAGGGGUGACAGACAAACGUUGUGUAUCUGCUCCCGUUGGUAUUCCAAAUAUGACAUGUUGCAUGAUUGAGAGCCCACCUCACAUUCAGGAGGGACUGAAUGGGAGUGGGUGUCUGAAUAAUGCACAAGAAAAUGGCCAGAACUUGAAAGGAAAUAGCACAGAACCUUACUACACAUUAAGUUCUCAAAGAGAACUAUGUUUAGAUAGCCAAGAUGGAUUAACGGAGGAGUUUAAAAAGAGCAGUCACCUCCAGCAUCUAAAGAGGCAUUCAUCUAGGCCCAGUCCUCAACCAACAGAGAGCUCUGAUACCCAACUCAACCACUUACACAACAGUCUCCCAUCCAGGAUGCACAGACAUAGCGCCCCUGAAAAAUUACUAGCCUCUCAGCUACGGAUGAUGGAAGUUUCCAGUGACAAUAGUGAACAUUCCAUAUCCCCUUCUAGCCAGUGGUCUCAUUCUAUGCAUCCUAGGGUUGACCUGAGAGAAAACAGCCCAGAUGUUACAACUCAGGGUAAAUGGGAAGGCAGCAGAUGCUCCACCCCUGGUUCACUGACUACAUCAGAAGUGGAGGAACAAAGAGUGGAGGAAGAACCGUUCGAUUCAGGCCAGAGCCUGUCUCCUAUCCAGCAUUCCUGGGGACGAUCUGUCAGUGUUCCAGAAGAACCUUUAAGAAAUGGAUUCUCUGGGUCGGCAUCCUCUAUAGACUCCGAACUUCAGGAAAGGGAUUUUGGGCCGAUUAGUGCUGCAACCAGUAUGGACACACUACUGGAAGAGGAGCAAGAAAGAGAGAAAGGAAGGGAAGAUGAAGCUGAGGUUUCAAAGCCUCCUCAGAAGCGCCAUUUUCGCUCAUCUAAGUCUCGCCGUCGGAGUGAGCGGUUUGCCACAAAUCUUCGUAAUGAGAUCCAGAGGAAAAAGGCUCAGUUGCAGAAGAGCAAAGGCCCAGGUGGGAUCCUCUGUGGUGGGGAUACAGUAGAGGAAGAGGAUGGUGCAAACCUUGAUAUGGAAGGAGAAUCCCGAUCAGAGUCUGCAGGAAUCCAUCAACCCAGAGCCCAAACUCAGAGCCCAAACCACAUUGGUUACCAGAAUACUGCAUUUGCUCCAUCUCAGCCCAGAAAGACUGCUUCAAACCCAACAUUUCAGCAAGAUCCAGACAAAUUCUGUGGAAUAAAUCCUGUGGAACAUUCAAGAACCAGGACUGAGGAAAUAGAAGUUUCACAGCAUGAAAUUCAGGGCAUCUCAUCAACCGAGGCAACAAGACCAGAUUGUGUGCGUGUGGUCGAAGAGGUGGCACCAGCAGGUAAAGCCCGGCGUUGGCGCUGGACACCAGAAAACAAACUGCAGCCAGAAAAGGAGCCAUCCGAGAAGAAAGGUAGUGAAGGAACACUGCAGUCAUCUCGGAAGCUUGGAACAACAAGAGGAAGAGUGGGUUCUUCUAGUGGGCGCUCCAGUAAAGCAGAAGAUUGUGACAUCCCACCAUUUGCAGACCGCAGGAAGUUCUUUGAGGAGACUAUUCGGAACCUGAGCCAGUCUGUGACUAACUUGUCAAGCCUGACGAGCCGCCGCCAGAGGCCAGAGAAACAGGGGAGGAAAGAUGAUCCAUCUUCUCCUGAUCCCCAUGAGUCAGUCCCUGACCUUGGGCGCAGGAGGUUCUCUUACCAGGGUGGAGUCCAUGAUGGAGCGUCCAUGAAUUCACUUGAGACUAGGAGACAGUUUGUCAGUGCACGGCGAGAGAGGGAGAGAGAGAGAGAGAAGAUGGUGGAAAGGGAGAGGGAGAGGAGAGCAAGAGAGCUUAGGGAGCAAGAGAGACUUAGGGAGCAAGAGAGACUUAGGGAGCAAGAGAGGCUUCAAGAACAGGAGAGGAUAGAGGCCUGGAAAAAAGAGCAGAACAGGGAACAAGAGAGGGAGAGAGAAAGAGCAAGGAAGGAGACAGAAAGAGAACAGAGUGUGCAACAGAUGGAGAGAAAAUGGGAGACAGACAGAGAUCUCACGUAUGCAGGUCAUGACCUCAGCAAUUCCAUAAUGCCACCAUCGUUGCCUCACGGUGCCUAUCUAAAACAGCCACUCCCACCUCAGAAUCUAAUCUCCACUAGUUCUCAUCCAGACAAUUCCCACAAGACUAGCCCUGAUAUUCAAAAGCCAUGCUCAGCCUUCAGACCUGUAAUGAGCCAUCAGCAUCAGUCUGACCACUACUGCCGACACCCUGAAUACCAGGCCAGGAGCUGCACCCCAACAGAGGCCUAUCCUGUGCGGGAGCUGGAGCAAACAAAACUCAACAGGAAGUUCAGCCUGACUGAGAGGGACUAUGUUCAGAGUAGACGAGACUUCAGGCCAGGAGAGGUUACUGUGUGUCCGGGCUUUCAGGGCCAGUGGAACAGACCACGUGUUCGUCACAGUGAUGAUCAACCCUUCAAAUCAUCACUACUUAGAAACCGUGCCAUGUCAGAAAAUGACCUCCGGGUGGAGACCCUUUGCAUUCAAAGCCACAUAUCAGCUAAUGCUAACGCUAGCAGAAUCAGAGAACUUGAUGAGAACAUCACAUCUGUUGAUGAAGCAAAGAAGAAGAAAGGCCCUCCUCCUCCUCGUCCACCGCCCCCAAAAUGGGGUCAGUUCCACAAGAGACGGGCCUCUCAUCACAAUCUCUUCUCCUCCCCUCCUGCCUCCUCUCCACAGACACAAACGUAUUCACCUCGCCCCCCUGUUGUCCCCGAAAUGUCACGUCAGCGGUCCUAUAGCCUUCCUCCAACGGAUGGGGCAGAGAACUGUCAGCACUGCUACCACGAAUGCCAAAUUGCUCCACCUAGUCCUGCCUUGAAUCGCAGAGCUUUCAAACCGGUGGCCCCGCCUCCAAAAGAACAAGACACACCCAUGUCUCACCAUUAUGAAAUGAACAGAGUGGUAGACACACCCCCACCCUCGACAGAGUCGAGCACAAGAUUGUCUGACCAAAGCUGGGGUCUUCCUUCAAAUCAGUUGAGACCAGCUGUGGUAAAGCCAGUCUUCCAUAAGCAUAGAGCAGAGUGGGAUUUGACUGGCCCUCACAACUCCUCAACAACCAACAGCACUAGUAGGUCAUCAGGACCUGCCCCUUCUUCGGAGAAUGGCUCUUAUCCUGGGGCUGUUCCUCCUGAGUCCUACUUCACAAUGAACAACUACCAGCAGCACUUACACAGUCAGACACAAAUGGCCUUCCCUGGCACAACCGUGAAGAACCCAGAACAUUCUACCCAAACUCCACCUCCAAGCCAGGAUCAUGCCUUGCCUUUGGAAACAGACAUAGAUGAGUUCCACGAGAACGAGGGCACAGCAGUGGAGCAGCAGAGGCAAGAGGAAGGACGGAUGGAGAUGCAGUGCUUUGCCCAACCAGUGACGGUGCUGGAAACCGACAUAGACACGCUUACUGACGAGGAGGCUCCUUUGGCAGGGAUGAGGAGAGUGCAGAGAGCAUCCGUGGUGGACUCAUUGUUGGAAAAGGAUUGUGGCAGAGCCAGGAAGGAGCUGAUGGGAGAGCUCUUCCCUCACUGCACAGAAGCAGGGAGUGGAGGAGAAGGCUGGAGAGGAGGUUACCCAGUUAGUGGAGACACUCUAGAGAGGUCCUCUAGACAGGCCUCCUCAGCAUCACAAGGCCCAGCCUCCACCACCUACAGUGCAACCAACAACAAAACUCAGCUCCUUUAUAAGAUGAGGGACUUCUCAGAGAUAAAGGAGGAGGAUAAAGAGCUUAACUACAAGAGGCAGUUAAUGGAGAGCCUGCGUAAGAAGUUAGGUGUGUUACGGGAAGCCCAGAGAGGCCUGCAGGAGGACAUCAGGGCCAACGCUCAGCUGGGAGAGGAGGUAGAAAGUCUGGUGCUGGCUGUCUGCAAGCCUAAUGAGGUGGACAAGUUCCGCAUGUUCAUUGGUGACCUAGACAAGGUGACGAGUUUGCUACUGUCCCUUUCUGGCCGGCUGCUGAGAGUGGAGAGUGCCCUGGACUGCCUUGACCCAGAGUCAGGUCACACUGAGAGGCUCCCCCUGCUGGAGAAGAAGAAGCAGCUCCUGGCACAGCUGGCUGAGGCUCAGGAGUUGAAGGAACAUGUGGACCGUCGAGAGCAGGCUGUGGGCAGGGUGCUGGGCCGCUGCCUGACCCCCGAACAGCUGCGUGACUACAGCCAUUUUGUGAAGAUGAAGGCGGCGCUGCUGGUGGAGCAGCGGCAGCUGGACGACAAGAUCCGGCUGGGAGAGGAACACCUCCGUGGCUUGAGGGAGAGCCUGGGCCUGGGAGUGGGAAUUGGCCUGGGAUAUGGGCAUUAGAGCAACUGGAAGACGAGGGGAGGAUAUGUGUGCGCGCAGGCACGAGUGGCCGAGCAUGAUCGUUUCUGCGUGACCUAGUGAACACAUAAGAGUAUCUGAGAAAGACCAUUAUGUUGGGGAGUGGACCAUGCAUUGGAUGUUGUAAAGAGCCUGCAAUGCCUAGACUUGAUGCUAAAAUACUACAGAAACUCUUCAGUUGGUAGUUUAAUGCUUUGUGCCUACAUUUACCCAUUCAGCAACAUUUUCACUACAGCACUACUUGAAAUUGUGCAUUGAGAAUUCACACUAGGCUAAAAAUAACCUCAGAACAUUACAUCUAAGCCACAUUACAGCUGUAUGUGUGCCUCUCAUCCAUCUCAACAGAGGGAUUCUCCAUGCACUGCUAUUUAUUUAUUUAUAUCUCAGCGAAUAUGAAGAAAGAAUUCAGCGUGCUGUAUUGGUUUCUCUUUACGAGGUGACUGGGGUGGGCUCCAUCACCCGAAAAAGCAGACAGACACCUCUCCUAUCAGCAAACUCAACACUAAUACAUAAUCUUGCAUCAUUGCAGAAUAGACAUGCUACUUAUUAUCUGUUGGAGUUAAAGGUCUUUGAUAGAGAAAGAAUUGUAUAUCAGGGAUAGAGUUACAGAAUUACACGGUCUUCGUGACAUCCAUCUUUUACCUUUAAUCCAUUCAGCCAGGUUCAGAGAACAUUUGCAUUCGUUAUUCUUUAAGUAUUUAUCUGGCAACGUAUCUUGUCUAUUGCAGAGCAUAACACAAAAACAUGCUUUUAGCUUUUCAUUAUAAAGUGCUUCACUGUAUUUUCCAUAACUCAUUUCAGGCAUUUUUUGCUGUUGCCAAAGAUUUAUUCAAUGAACACAAGAACAAAAAUAUGGUGCUUAUUCUUUUGAAUCACAUGCAGUCAGUUAGCCUGUCCAGAUCUUGUUUCAGCUGUGUUUUGUUCAUUUUAACUAUUACAUGUAGUUAAGUGAGUACUGGGGUCUCCUGCUUUCUGUUGUGUAAUAUUCUACACCACUUCAGACUGCAACUUCUGGGCAAACUGCUUCUUAAUAUCCUUCUCUUGUGGAGAAAGACUGGAGUUUUCUUCAGAGGAAAGGGGAAUGCUGCUUUAUUGAACAUUUAAUACCUUGAAAACCUUUGUUAAAAGAAAUGUUAAAGAAAUUUGUUAUUUCUGUUUUUUAUGUUUUUUUUGAGAUUGAGUUCAGGAUUUUUUGAAGGGCUUUCACAACUGACUUCUUUCUCACUGUGCCAAAAGAAUGAAGGUGGAGUUGUUACAGCAAGAAACUGUCAAAUAUGCCCUGGAAUAUGUCCCGGAAUAUGUCCCUGUAUAUACAGCCUACUUUGUACUCUUUUUGUUGUAUUAUACUUUCGUAAAUAACUCCAGACUGAAAAUAUAAGAAAAUAUUUGGUUGAGUAAUGGUUUCCCCACUUUUUUUUUGCUAUAUUAAAAAGUCCAGUGUGGAAUAU